GGCAGUUUCCUGCCGCAGCCGGAGCCGAGUCAGCAGCAGCCGCGCGAGUCCCCGCCCCGGGCCGGUCGCUGGGAACCGCCGUCCGCGCCAUGGAGUCCCGCUACAACCUGAAGAGCCCGGCUGUCAAACGUUUAAUGAAGGAAGCAGCCGAAUUGAAGGAUCCUACAGAUCAUUACCAUGCACAGCCCUUGGAGGAUAAUCUUUUUGAAUGGCAUUUUACUGUUAGAGGCCCUCCAGAUUCGGAUUUUGAUGGAGGAAUUUAUCAUGGACGAAUAGUACUGCCACCAGAGUAUCCCAUGAAACCCCCAAGCAUCAUUCUGUUAACAGCCAAUGGCAGGUUUGAAGUAGGGAAGAAAAUUUGUUUAAGCAUCUCAGGACAUCACCCUGAAACGUGGCAACCUUCAUGGAGUAUAAGAACAGCUUUACUAGCCAUUAUUGGUUUUAUGCCAACCAAAGGAGAGGGAGCCAUAGGAUCCUUAGACUACACACCUGAGGAAAGAAGAGCACUUGCCAAGAAGUCACAGGAUUUCUGCUGUGAGAUAUGUGGCUCAGCAAUGAAGAUAAGUCUGUUACCAUUAACAUCAGAAAGUGCUUCAAGCCAGGCUGACGAAGAGGCCAAGGAACUUGCCAGACAAAUUAGCUUCAAGGCUGAAAUCAAUUCAUCCAGAAAGUCUAUCACUGAAUCCCCAGACACAUCAGAAGUGAACUACUCUGCCACUUUACCUGAGCCACAACAGGAUGGUACAAGUAGAGCAUUCCAGAAUCCAACCACUAGUACAAUGUCUGAAAUUCAGAAUAACUCCACACCACCUAAUCAAGAGCAUACUCAACCUAUAUCUAAUAAUACCUCCAUGAGCCCUCGCCAGCGCCGUGCCCAGCAGCAGAGUCAGAGAAGAGUGCCAUCUUCAACUAACUUUAAUCAGGUGCAGCAACCAAGAGUCAACACAAGCCACACUGGAUCAACUGUUCUGAUUGUCCUUCUGACUUUAGCAUUGGCAGCGCUUAUAUUCCGACGGGUAUAUCUGGCCAAUGACUAUGUAUUCGAGUUAUAAGAUUGUUUCUGUCUUAAGAGCAGUGACUUGAAUGCUUCAUUAAAUAUUCUGUAUUGGGUAUGACAUGAGAACUGUUUACAGAAGAUUACUUUUUUAUUUACUUUUUUAAGUCCUUACAAAUGUUAAUAUACCUUUAGGUACAUUGCUUAGUAAGGAUGACAAAUGCUAACAUUUCUAUGAAUACUAACAACUGUUAAUGAUCCAUGAAUACCCACUAGAUACUUGGGGAAACAAUUUGAUUGAAUAUGAGCAUAAUAUGCAAGGGGUGGGGGAAAGAAAGUAUUAUUUGUGGCUACCUUAUUUACUGAUAAAAGGAGGCAGUUAAAAAAGAGAGGGGUUUUUAACGCUUUUUCUCUGUAGAACAUGGGUGCAGAUAGUCACCCAUAUCUGAGUGAGUAUAAAACUUUAUGUUGGGGAGGGAUUUUUAAAAAUGAAACGCAAUGUCUAUGUGUUGCAUUGCGUGUGCUCUCAAUUCAGAGGGGGAUAAUAUUUUGUAACCACUUUUAUUUACAAUAAGACAAUUCUAGAAAAAUGCAUGAAAUGUUGGUUCUGAGACUGUGCUCUCUGUGAAAAAAGGGGCCAGAAAAUCGUUUGCUUUAUUUUUUUGUUUUUAAUUUUUUUUAAAGUUCGAUUGGAUAAUCUUUUGCAAGAUUUGAAUGUCGUCUUCUAAUGCUCUCAAUUGUAUAUCUUGCUUUUUUAAAUUUGAAGAUUAUGUAAAACGUCUAUUAUUUCAAUAGUUAUAAAUAUGUAAUAUAAUUAUUUACCCAGAGCUAUUGUCUUUUAAUAAUUCCAGAAAUAUACAUAAUGCAUUACA